CUUCACAGAAGAAGUAGAGAGAAUCAAUCACGGGCUAUGGUUUUCAGUUGGUGCGGGUCAGCAUCUAAGUUUGCUUCCGUUUGUGGUCAAAUCCGAUCUAUCUCCGCCGUCGUGAACCGCUCGAAUCUAGCUCGCAACUCAUCUCCGCUGCAUCCCUUGGUCUCUCGUGGCUUUCUGUACUCGACGGCUAUUGAUCGGCAGAGCUCCAACCAAAUGCUUCUCCGAUUGAUUGACUCCGAGAUCUAUUCUGCUUUGCAAUUUCAUGAUCUCGAUUUUGAUGAUGAGCCGACUCCAGGAAUAAACCCGUACACAAUUGAAGAUAAUGGAGGUAAGACUGUGAAAUUGACUAGAGACUAUCAAGGGGAACAUAUUAUAGUUGUAGCAGGCAUGCCCUAUGAUUAUGAAGAUUUUGGAUUAGUUUUUCCACUAACUGUGAAUUGUACCAAGAAGAUCAGUGGACUCCGCCUCAAGUUUAGGUGCACGGUUAUUGAUCAUGGUUCUUCCAUGCCUGAUGUAUCUGUGAUUAAUCGGGGCAAUUAUUGGGAGGAUCAACGGCCGUGUGAUUUGUUGUCUGAUUCCAAGUAAGCUUUGUGAAUCAAAUAACUGCAAAUUAGUUUUAGGUUGUAUAUAUAGAUAGGCAUGAUCCAAGAAAGGUUAUAAUGUUGUUUUUUUCUUUCAUGGCAUUUUGCAGAAACAAGGAUUACAGACACAAUUAUUUGUGUACAAUUUUUGAUUACAGCGCAAAAUUUUCCUUGU